GUAACACAUUAAGCGGGUUUGGAGUUUGGAUUCCUUUCCAUGCAGACGCUGGGCUUCACUUAUCCGGAGCAGACUUACAGAACAUUUCUUCACUAUUUCAGGGAUUAAAGGGUUUAUCAAUGGGGAGCAUCCCAGGUGUUUCCCUUCUGCUUCUGGUGGUGAGUCUGUCCCUCCUGUGCAGCCCCAGUGUCAAUGGAGGAAAGAUUCUGGUGUUCCCAGUGGAUGGUAGCCACUGGGUCAACAUGAAACUCCUUAUCCAGGGCCUCCACGCCAGAGGCCAUGAGAUCACUGUAGUCCGAACAGCCUCGAGCUGGUACGUCAAAGAAGACUCUCCACAUUACAGCUCCAUCACUGUCACCUUACCAGAAGCCAUCAGCAUAGAAGAGCAAGACUUCUUCGUAACCUUCCUGUUCAAGAUGCUAACAAUUCAAAAAGAGGGGGCAUCUAUAAUCAGCUUUGUCGAGUUCUACUGGGAAAUGCUUGGUGCACUCUCAAGCAUUCACAAACAGGCCAGCCAGUUGACGGUAGAAAUAUUUGAGAACAAGACUCUACUGCAGAGUAUUCGUGAGACUCAAUUUGAUGUGGUUCUUAUAGACCCGGGUUUGCCUGCUGGAGUUCUGGUGGCUCAUGAACUGAAGCUGCCAACUGUUUUUAACGUGAAAUGGAUCACGAGUGGAGAAGGCCAUUUUGUGGUAGCACCAUCGCCAACAUCCUAUGUUCCAACUUCAGGAAAUGCCAUGACGGAUAAGAUGAACUUUGGGGAAAGGCUCACGAACACACUGUACUUUUUUUUAAACUUUUGCAUUGACAAGUUAAUAGUGUGCCCUCACUAUGAUAGACUGGUAGACAGGUACUUCGGUCCAGAUGUGAACUUCUAUCACCUUCUACAAGGAGCAGACCUCUGGCUCAUGAGGGUCGACUUUGUGUUUGAAUUCCCCAGACCCACCAUGCCAAACAUCGCCUACAUUGGUGGUUUUCAGUGUCAGCCUGCUAAACCUUUACCAUCAGAGCUGGAGGAGUUUGUUCAAAGUUCAGGAGAGCAAGGAUUCAUCCUGAUGUCUCUUGGUACGCUGGUUAAAGGUUUACCUGUAGAGAUUACUUCUGAAAUUGCUGCUGCAUUUGCCCAACUUCCUCAAAAGGUCAUAUGGAGGCAUGCUGGUGAGCCCCCCAGCAAUUUGGGGAACAACACCCUACUGAUGAAAUGGCUGCCCCAGAACGACCUCUUGGGUCACCCAAAGAUCAAAGCCUUUGUGGCUCACGGUGGCACCAACGGGAUCUACGAGUCCAUCUACCAUGGAGUGCCAAUCGUAGGCAUUCCCCUUCUGUUUGACCAGUUUGAGAACUGUUUGAGAAUGGAGGCGCGAGGAGCCGCCAAGGUGUUGGAUGCCACCAAACUGACUCGUGAGAUUUUUUUGGAAGUGAUACAAGAGGUUAUUCACAAUCCCUCCUACAGAGAUAACAUGGAGCGUCUGUCGGCUCUCCAUCGGGAUAAACCGAUGCAUCCUCUGGAUACGGGCCUUUACUGGAUAGAGUUUGUUAUGAGGAAUAAAGGAGCUUCACAUUUACGCACUGAGUCUUAUAAGAUGCCCUGGUAUGCCUAUUAUUCAUUCGAUGUCAUAUGCUUUUUGAUUACAGUCUUGUUGAUGUUGACAGUCAUUGUAGUGGGAUCAAUACGAUUCCUUUGCUGUGGACUAUGCAGGAAAAGAAAAACCAAACAGGAAUAGUUACUCAAAUGACAACAUAUACAACUCAUAUGGUUAGCCAUGGGACAUUUUUGGUUUUGAGUGAAAUCUGUUAACUAUUCCAUUGGUUGAUAUCAUAUUAUUGAUAUGUUAUAUAUAUGUUAAUAAUGGUGCUCAGAGGUUUGUUCCAAGAAAUCGUGUUAAAACCCAGACUUUUCCUCCAGCACCAUCAGCAGGUCACUGUCAUUUUUAUAGAUGGAUCGUCCCAAAUGUUGUACAGAAUUCAUCCUUAUGUCUGUAGUGAUUGACUUACUUUUCAUUCAGCCAUGAGAACACAUGGCAUUGUUUUUCAUGACUUUAUGAUGAAAUUAAUAAAACCUUUGUGAUCCCAUAACGUGUUAUCUAGAGUAAUUAGCCCUAUACUUUGUGUUGUGACCAAAUACCUGCAUAGCUUGCGUAGCUUUGCAUAACUGCAAAAAAUAAUGACAGAAAUGUAAGCUCAGGAAAAAAUGUGUAUUGCAUACAUCAAAUAGUGAAAAUGUGCCUGUACCUACUUCCAACAAAAAAGUUUGUUUUUAAUGUUGCACUUUAUUAUAUAACUCAUUGUAUGCAGAUUUGAAAUUUGAAAAAAGGUAAUAAAAUAAACCUAAAAACA